AUGUUUAACUCGGUCAACCUGGGCAACUUCUGCUCGCCGUCGCGCAAGGAGAGGGGCGCUGAUUUCGGCGAGCGAGGGAGCUGCGCCUCCAACCUCUAUCUGCCCAGUUGCACUUACUACGUGCCCGAGUUCUCCACGGUCUCCUCCUUCCUGCCCCAGGCCCCCUCUCGACAGAUCUCCUACCCCUACUCAGCCCAAGUGCCCCCGGUCCGGGAGGUCUCCUAUGGCCUGGAGCCAUCCGGCAAGUGGCACCACCGGAACAGCUACUCCUCCUGCUAUGCGGCGGCCGACGAGCUCAUGCACCGGGAGUGCCUGCCUCCUUCCACGGUCACCGAGAUCCUCAUGAAAAACGAAGGCUCCUACGGCGGCCACCACCACCCCAGCGCCCCGCACGCAGCCCCCGCCGGCUUCUACUCCUCAGUCAACAAGAACAGCGUCCUGCCUCAAGCCUUCGACCGUUUCUUCGACAACGCCUACUGCGGCGGCGGCGACGCGCCGGCCGAGCCCCCCUGCCCGGGCAAGGGCGAGGCCAAGGGGGAGCCUGAGGCGCCCCCGGCCUCGGGACUAGCGUCCCGGGCUGAGGCGGGUGCCGAGGCCGAGGCCGAGGAGGAAAACACGAAUCCCAGCUCGUCCGGUUCAGCCCACUCGGCGGCCAAGGAGCCGGCCAAGGGAGCCGCCCCCAACGCCCCCCGCACCCGCAAGAAGCGCUGCCCUUAUUCGAAAUUCCAGAUCCGGGAACUCGAGCGAGAGUUUUUCUUCAACGUGUAUAUCAACAAAGAGAAGCGGCUGCAGCUGUCCCGGAUGCUGAACCUGACGGACCGACAAGUGAAAAUUUGGUUUCAGAACAGAAGAAUGAAAGAAAAAAAACUAAGCAGAGACCGGCUGCAGUAUUUCUCGGGAAACCCUCUGCUGUAA